AUGGCGACACCUUCACCUAUCCCAGAUGUCAGCUCCAAAAAAAGGUCUCCAGACAAGCAUGUGGUUCCGCACUCCGCGCCCAAGUUCCGCCUGCAAAUUCACGAUUUGCGCCAUUCUUCCUCCCAGUUUUUCAUCUCAUUGAUUCCAGAUCUUGCGUCCACACUUGAAACUGCGUUGACUGCCAUUAUUCGGAACCUCUACACCUCCGCCGUCCCAGGGAAACAGAAGCACGCACCGACUUUCGAGCCUUGCCUUCCACCUACUCGCUCUGUCACGAUCCUCCUCCGCGACAUUGGCGGCGUCGCAUACACAACCGGCAACGAGCUUGACAAUGACCACAAAGAGAUACACAUCUCUCUCCAGUAUAUACAUCAUUGUCGCUCAAAAGCUGAUCCUCUAGCCGAGCUAACAGGCGUUAUAACCCACGAGCUUGUCCACUGCUUUCAGUAUGCUGCCCCGCGUGCGUCUCCCGACGGCAAACCAGAUGAUUCUACCCCUCGGGCGCCGGGUGGUCUAAUUGAAGGGGUUGCGGAUUUUGUCCGUCUGAAGGCGGGACUGGAGCCGCCGCACUGGAGCCGACCAACCUCUGCCAAGGAAAGACCAGAGAAAUGGGAUUCGGGCUAUCAACAUACGGCAUACUUCUUGGCGUGGCUGGAGGAUGUUCGGGUUGGACAGGGCGCGGUGGGCUUGUUGAAUGAUCAACUGUGCCGAGUUGGAUACGUCGGAGAGGGCAAGCCAAAGGAUAAGAAGCACGAUACCGGAAGUGAAAGGAAAGUCGGCUUUUGGAUGGGGUUAUUUGGGGCUGAAAUCGAUGAGCUUUGGGAAGAAUAUGGUAGCUGGCUCGAUACUCCUGCCGGCAACCAAGGGAAUUGGGAGGAUGAGAUCGUCAACCCACCUGCAUAG